AGUAGUAUGUAUAUACUGUCUGGAUUUUCAAUUGGUUUAUCUUUAUUUGGAUUUUGUCUAGUUUCAAGAAACAAUGAAAAAGCCUAUGAAUCAACAUGUACUAAUCAAUUAACUGAUACUUUACCAAAAAAGAUAUACAGCGAAAUAAGGAUGCCUAUACAAAUAUUUGGUUCAACUAGUGAAUUGAAUUCAGCAGUUAAGAUUACAGAUAUAAUAAAUCGCAAACAUGCACAUCAUUUGUUAGGCAAUAUCGGUUCCUACUUUUAUAUGACACAAAUACAUCGAUUACAUGAAAAAGAAUUAAGAAAAAGGAAGACGUAUUCAAGUUUAUUCAUUAUUCCCGAAUAUAAUCUUUUACUAGUAGCAAUCUUUCUAUUAUCAUGUGUAUUCAUAGUACCAUUCAUCUUCAUCCACGAUUGGUUAACACUGAAAGGCUUCACUGAGAAACAAAUAUCAAUUGUUUUACUAAUGAAUGGAAUAUUUAGUGGAUUAUCCAGAUUAUUAGUUGGAAUUAUUGCAAAUUUGAAAUGUUUACAAACUAUUCCAUUUCUUUUGUUCUGGUUAGGAUUGUCAGGAGUUUUUACUAUCAUAUCAACCUAUUUUACAAAGCCAUGGGAAUAUGCUAUUUACUCAGCUGUAGAUGGAUUAUGCUGUGGUGCAUAUAGUGUACUACAGCCUCUUGUACUAGUGGAAAUAUUAUCAACAGAUCAUGUUACCAAGGGACUUGGAGUACUAUUAUUUGUUUGUGGUAUAGGCUACUUGUUUGGUGCUCCUAUCCUUGCAUUGGUUUAUGAUCAUUGGAAGAGUUACGAGUUCUGCUAUGGAAUAUGUGGAUCAGUUUGUUUGAUAGCUAGUUUUUUAGUAUUGAUAAUGUGGUUAGUGUCUUUUAGAAAAUUAAGAUUGGAGAAAGCUGAAUUACAACUUAAACGAAACUUGGAAAUGAGUUCUCAUUUAUACUGUAGGGGUGAAUCGGAUUGUUCAUCUGUGAGCGCAACUGAGCUAAACUAUAUGGUGUAGAACAGUGUAUAAAGUAUACAGAAAAUAACAAAAUUUCUUUAUUGUUUUAUGAAAUCUAGUUUUACAUUCUGUACAGUUACAUCUGUCUUGUUCUUCUAAUUAUUUUUUUAAAUAAAUUAUAAAUGCAUA